AUGUCGUCAAAGUCGACUUCAACACCGACGUUGCUCAUCGUAAUGGGCGUCUCCGGCAGCGGUAAAUCCACCGUUGGAUCUGCCCUAUCCACCGCUCUCUCCUGCCCUUUCGUCGACGGCGACGAUCUUCACCCUGCUUGCAACAUUGAAAAGAUGUCACGAGGGCAAGCUUUGGAGGAUAGCGAUCGGGAGCCAUGGCUUGUGAAAAUCCGAGAAACGGGUGUGGAACUAGCGACUUGCCAGUCUUCCCGCUCUUGCUCUGCCUCUUGCUCAGUAUCGGAGAGGGAAGGAGUGAAGAAGUUGGCAGAGGUGUAUGAGACAUCGCAACAGACGACUACUUGUGCCGAUCAAUGUGCAGCUGAAUCGACGUGUACACGUUCGGCUUGCUCGUCUAACCCUUCCGCCGUCGCUGCGCAGGAGGGUAAAAGUGGAAAGAAGAACAUGGCGAUCAUCGCUUGUUCUUCUUUGAAAUUGAUCUACAGGAGAUUGCUGAGGGGCACGAUCAAGAGUUUGCAUGAUCAAAGAGCGACAGGAUCCGAAGCAGUAGCAGACCUUCCAAAGGAUUUGAGCGUGAUACAUAUCUAUUUAGAUCUCAGCCGAGAAUUGUUGGAGGAAAGAAUGAGGCAUAGGAAAGGACACUUUAUGAAACUAGACAUGCUCUAUUCUCAGUUGGAUACAUUGCAGAAACCGCAAGAGGCCAAAGAACCUGGUGUUGUAGUGGUCAAAGUUGAACGAGAGACUACUACGGAAGAGAUUGUUCACCAGCUCGUCCGAAAGCUGACAUGUCAAAACGUCGUCUAA